AUUGGUGGAAUUUCAAUUGCAUUACCAAUGGUUUUGUCUGUUACAAUGGCUAUUAGUUCUCAUAGGUUUUCACAUCAAGGUGCAAUCACAAAAGGAAUGACAGCUAUUGAAGAAAUGGUUGGAAUGGAUGUUCUUUGCAGUGGUAAAAUUAGAACUCUCAUUUUGAAUAAGUUUAGUGGUGAUAGAAAAUUGAUUGAGGUGUUUGUUAAGGGUGUAGAUAAGGACUUUGUGAUACUUUUAGCAGCUAGAGCUUCUAGGAUUGAAAAUCAGGAUGCUAUUGAUGCUGAAGUUGUUGGAAUAAAUGAUCAUAAAGGUUUUAGCGGAGAUAAGUAACUAUCAUAGUCCAUUAAUAUUUGCAUUAAUAAUAUGGUUAAAAAAAAAAAAAAACAGCCUUGUUGCCAAACUGUAAAGUCUGGAGAGGAAAUUGUCUAAUAGCAACCAUAAUUCUCUUAUGUUCAAGUGAUUACACAAAGAAAUGAAAUAUAUUUUUGGAUAUGAAUUCUUUAAAGAGUGUUAAAUAUGAUUAGUGUUGUUUUGAGAACUAAACGACGAAUAAAACAUAAAGGAUAAGAGUACU